UUAUGGCCUAGCCAAACACAGGCAAGUGCAAUGCAAGGAGGUACGAAAAUUUAAAGUCAACUAUCACCAAACCGCAGUAUGUCUUCCGAAGAAGAGCUAGAAAGUUUUGAGGUAACAGAUAAUGAUCUCAAAGAUGCAUUUUACCCAGGGUUUAGACGAAAAUUUACAAAAGAACAAGCGAUAUAUGGAAUGUGGGCAAAUGAUGAGGACAGGGCUGGUUCUAGUAAACGCACUAAGAAGGGUGACUACACAACCCCAAUGGAUUUUGUAAGCGGUGGUUUCACACAGAAGCAAGACGAUGAAAGUGACAAUAGCAGUAUUGAUGAAGACAAAGACUUGAUAUCUGAUGAAGAUGAUGACUCAAACCUACCUGAUAAUUUUUCGACAUCAAAGGCAGCAAAGAAAGAGCAAAGAAAACAAGAGCCAGCGAAACAAAAAAGGAAACCACAAAGUACAAAGCAAGUGUCAAGUAAAUUUGGAGCAUGGACCAAACAUACAAAAGGAUUUGGACAAAAACUGAUGGAAAAGAUGGGAUAUGUUCACGGCAAAGGUCUUGGGAAGAAAGGAGAGGGUAUUAUAGAACCUGUACAAGCUUUUAAAAGAUCAGGAAGAGGUGCAAUUGGUGCAUAUGGGUCAGAAAGACCUGGUGCCACUGAUCUGCCAAGUCCUGAUUCAGAAGAAGAGGUUGAGAAGACUAUCAAGCAAGAAAUAAAACAACUUGGCCAAUGGAAAAAGUCAGGCCAGGAUUCAAAUAAACCAAAAUAUGUCUACAAAACUGCUGAUGAAGUCAAGGCAUCCGGCCCUUUAAAGAAAAAAUUUGCUGGUCUUACCGGCUACAAAGAUGUCAAGGUUGUAGAUAUGACUGGACCAGAAACCAAAAUUCUGUCGGGCUAUUCGUCUAUUGGUCAGCAGCAUGCCAAACCAGAGGAAGUUGGUUCACACCCAGUCCUUUCAACUGAGCCCGAGCAGCAGAAAGCUUUUACAAUUCCUGAGCUUGAAUACAACCUCAAAUUACUGCUGGAUUUAUCAGAAUCUGACAUUGUACAAAUUGAUCGCCAACUUCAUCACGAAAGAGAUUUAGUUGUCAACUUAGAGCAUGAGUCGGAACGGUUGGAAAAAAUCAUCAAAGAAGAGGAGUCAGAGAUUAAUCGUCUAAACAGUGUUACUACAAUUCUCGAUAGAUGCAAAAUGGGUUUGCAGCAUAAUGUCGACGAGCCAUUAUCAUUAAAGGGACUUGUCGAGCUUUUUCAAAUGCUUCAAGAUAAAUAUUAUGAAGAAUACAAGAUGUAUUCUUUAGACAAUCUGAUUGUACCACUCGGGUUCCCACUUUUUCAAAAGCAUUUCGAGACAUGGCGUCCAUUAUCAGAGCAGCAUUUUGGCCUCGAUGUUGUGCGACUGUGGAAGGAGGUCCUUGAAGAAAAACAGCCUGUAGGCUAUAGUAGAGACCAGCAAGGACAGAAAAGCAUGAACCCAUUCGAAAAAAUAAUUUGGGAUGUUUGCAUGCCGUACAUACGGACAGCAAUAAGCCAAUGGAAUCCCAGAGACUCUGAUCCACUGAUCAUGUUGUUAGAGGUUUGGGCACCAGUCUUGCCAGAUUGGGUCACAAGCAACAUCUUGGAUCAACUCGUUCUUCCACGGCUCCAGGUUGAAGUUGAUAUUUGGAAUCCCUUAAUUGAUACGAUGCCAAUACACACUUGGAUCCAUCCAUGGUUGCCACUGAUGGGCUCAAGAUUGGAACCAGUUUUCCCGCCAAUUCGACAAAAACUUUCGUCUGCUUUGACCAACUGGCACCCAUCUGAUCCUUCCGCAAAACUAAUACUCCAGCCAUGGGCAAAGGUGUUUUCAAAAGGUACAAUGGAAGCAUUCCUCCUUCGCAGCAUAUACCCAAAAUUACUCAGCUGUAUGGAGAGCUUCACCGUAAAUCCACACCAGCAACACCUAGAGCCUUUUCAUUGGGUUAUGAGUUGGAAGGAUUUACUGUCUGUUCAGCAUAUUGUCAGUAUCUUAGAGAAGCAAUUCUUCCCGAAGUGGCUUAAUGUCUUGAGGCAAUGGCUUUGUAAUGAACCGAACUAUGAAGAAAUAACCAAAUGGUAUCUUGGAUGGAAGUCAAUGUUUUCAGAAGAUCUUCUGUCUCAUUCGACCAUUAAAGAAAUUUUCAACAGGGCGCUCACACUAAUGAACCAAGCUGUUUCUGGUACACUCCAACCAGGUGCUAAAGAGAACAUUGCAUAUUUAACGAGUACAGAGCGAAGAAAGUAUACAGAAACCAGCCCCCAAGAACAGGUUUCAACGCCAAGUGGAUUUCCUUCAAAUUUCAAGGAUCUCAUCGAAAAAGCGGCUGAAGAGAACAACAUCCUCUUUAUGCCCAUGCCCAACAAACGCUUCGAAGGUAAAGCAAUAUAUUCAUUUGGAAAAUCAAUGGUUUAUUUGGAUCGAAAUGUGAUAUUCACGAGUUUUCAAGGCCAGUGGAGACCUACAUCGCUGCAAGAUCUCAUCAACACGUCUCGUUGAUUCAAGAGCAUCAAAUGAAGAGAUUUCUAAGAAAAUUUGUCUCUGAAUUUGUCCCCAGCAAGACCAAUGUUUUUCACAAUGGCGGCGUCAGUGGUCAAUGUGUAGCGGUGAUGGGUUAUGGCUGGGCAAAGUAAAUUGCCAGAAAACUUUUAGCCAGCAGUAAACAAAUGAAGACAGACACUCGUGACUUAUUCUUGGUUACGUAGAUGUAGAUGCAGUUUGGAACCAUGGAAUAACAUCACGAAAUUCAUUAAAGUAUUACCUCGCCUCAAACAUUUUCUAACUGCAUAAUAGGAAUUAAAAAACCUUUCUGCCAAGAGCUGGGAGGGACGUGCUCAUCCCCAGGCACCCUCUCCCCCCUGUAGCACUGAGAUUUGAACUUCAACUACUCUAGCUAUCGAGGAUUCCGAUGGUAAGAAGAUCGGAGGUCUGUAAAAUCAUAAAAAUUUCUUGUGUAUGAUAGCAUCAAAAUAAAACAAGGUAAAGCGAAAAUUUCCAAACCCGAAACUUGGAAAACGUAGUAUUUCAGAACUGAGCUUAAAGUCGACUGAUAUUAUCAAGCGACAAAAUUUUAUAUUAUCAGACGUUCCAUGAUCAAUACGAGUUGUCUUUUGUCACAGCUUUUAAAUCUCACCGCAAGUUUCUUAUAGCUGUUGAGUUGCGUAUCAAACAUAAGUUGAGUUGCUAUAACACCUUUGUAAUACUUAUCCUUCACAAUGCUUAAUAUCUUAAUACGCUAUGUUAUAUAAAAAAAUGCAUAACUCAUUAAGUUUCGAAGCACAUACCUUUUGAAUCGUUGGUUCUCCAAAUCUAACUUGGGAAAUCGUCGAAUUUGAGUUGCAAACUGAAAUGAUCAAGAGAGGAAAUAAGCGCAAUGGAUUUCCAGCCUCCUGAAGUUGCAAGUUUAAAGUGGAACCAUACACAAGAAAGUCAGUGCAUCCAGCAGCAUGUAAAUAGUAUAUAUCGCAUACGGCGAAGGUUAUUAAGAAAACCUGUUUAACCCACCCCUGCGUCUGCUUUAAACAGAGCCGUUUCAUAACCAAUCCAUUAAUCCAGUGGUCUCACUAGAUCUACCGUUCAUAAGACUGUUGUUAUGCGUCGCCGCUCCGGGAUUACUUGGCCAAUCAAUCACUUUCACGAUUUAAGAACAUUUUGAAGAAUUAAAAUUGAUUUUGAAUGCCCUGAAACUGCUGGUCUACCCAAGUGUAUACAUACCAACCCGACGCUAUUGUCAGUUUAUCUUCAAUUGAAACCGUAUGAGCUACUUAAGUAAUGCGCAUUGCCAUAUAAGUAAUGUGCAGGAGGAUACACAAAACAUACUGGAAAGAGCUCACAACAGUCAAGUUUCCGGUCAAAUGAUUAAAUAUUUUUCCCAUGGAGUGUCAAUGUUUUAUCUUGUAAGGAUUCAACAUUCGUCUGAUCACGAGUUGGAAAAACUGGAAGCAGGGGCUGUUACCCGGGGGAGGGGGGGAUUGGUCGGUAAGCACAGUUGUCUGCUUUCAGCAUGUGAAAUUUUUGAAGAUAUUCUGAUUUAUGGACUCCCCACCCUACCACGAAGUUCAAGAAGCCGCUCCUUUUAACCCUUUUUGACUGAUUUCUUUAACGAGCGUUAUCGUGUGCGAAAGGCAGCAACUUCUAACUUUUUGUCCUGGUCUCUCUAUUGCCAACAUCUUUUAUGUACAAAAGAGAUACCAGAUACUGCAAAGCCAAACCAAACGAAACCUAACGACCACGCCUCUGAUUGAUAUUCAGUAGCAGUGCCGUCGGAACGAAAUUCAUAUUGGGGGAGGGGGGGCUGCCCAUUGUAUUCCCUCUCAUUUAGUACACAUUUAUAAAGGAAAUAUACUACAGUCUGACCCCCAUUCCAACGGGCCUGAGUAGAGUUAAAGAACUAUUGAAAAGCAAAGGACGGAGAAAGAUGAGCAUUGAAGGCAAAAGUGGGAGCGACUGCCCUAACGAUCUAUGAUGCUGAUGAUAUCUAGAAGUUGAAGUAUUUUCAGUUUUCUUUAUAAAUUCAUAGGUCGGUAAGCACAGUAUCUAUCUACAAUGCCUGCCAAAAGUACUUGGAACACCCGGCUAUUUACGUUGUAUUUGAUAUCUUUCAUUCCUUUCAUGAAAAAAAAUUACUACUUCCGCCCUCGCCCUCUAAAACAAUGUUGAUAAUUUAAAGAAAUAUCAUAAAAGAAACGCAAAAAAAGUGCUUCCUAAAAUCCUAACCCAUUUCAUAGUAAACUAACAUUGUUUUGUAGGGGAGAGGGGGAUGAUUGAUUAUGACCUUAGAAAUUGACAUCAAUGUCCCACGACUUUUGGCAGGCAUUGUAGAUAACCGUAAGAAGCUAGGCAUUUCUCAAAAUGCCAGUGGCAGAAAUCAUGGGGGUAGGGGGGGGGGGCUCGAGCCUCUCGUCGGAAAAUUCAGGCUUUCGUCAGAUAAUUGACAACCGUUUAACGUGUCGGAAUUACUGCAAGAAAUCGUUCUGAAAUGUAUUUUAAGCUAAUCUAGGGUGCAUGUUCGCCAAAUUUUCUGCUCGCUUCGCUCGCAGGUGAUCCGUAUUUUCCCUUUUUACCACAGGGGGCUCUAUAACCUCUUUGUGCCCUUUUUGCAAAAUUUGAACAUAGCAUAGCUGAUAAAAUAGCACUUAGUACUUAGUAAUAAAACAAACAAUAUAUGACCGAAAUAAAAAAUGCUUGUGAAUUGUAUAUUUAACUUCAGUUCCGUAAAGAUUAGCCGAAGUUUCCAUCGGAUUCUUCUAAAUAAAAGUUAUUUUCAAACGUAUUUCCAACUGAAGAAAACAUGAUAAAAUGCAGAAAAUGAACAUUACAAUUACAAUCAUCUUAUUAUCAUGAACGACUUGUAAAUAGUGUAAUCGGUUGGCCUCGUGUAUCAUCAAUUGACUUAGAUGAGAUGUCAAUCUUGAUAUCAAAAAUCAUAAUGGAUUUUUCUUCUUGAUACCUAAUUUCGGCUUGGUUUGCAAAGAUUUCUGAAGGGUCCCGCCAAAAAUCACCUAUUUUAAUCAAAAGGUGCAGUUUCCUUAAAAUUAGACAUGACCCAAGAUGAUAUCUUGUCGGAAAAUCGUAACUGCCCCCCCUCCCCGAAUUAAAGCCUCAAUUUCCGCCACUGCAAAAUACACAGUUGAAUCGCAUCCUCUAAGUAAAGCUUCUUGGUCGAAACCUGCUGCAAAGCUUUGGGAUAAACUCUAGUUCCAUUUAAAGUACGGUCCGUUACAUAACACAAGCAUGCUUCUUGAAAUAAUGAAACUUGCUGUAAAGCACUGGCAAAGCGACUAAACGUUUCACUAAACUUACUCAACAUUAUUGAACUUCGAUCUGUGAAGGACACUGUGGGGUUGUAGGGGAUCUUGCAUAGGAUUUUUUUUUCUGUUUCUUAUGUUGUAUGUUAGCAUAAAAAACUUCAAGUAUAAGAAGUGGAUAAAAAUAAGAAUUUGAUGGAACGAAGGGAAAAGAAAAUACUUUUUAGCACAUUGAUAACAAAGUUGACUGUUGAAGAAAACACAGUAGUGUACAAGGAGAUGAAGCAGAUGUCUCACGAAGGCAUUCUAGAUAUUUUGGGUCACGUAGAAAACAGAGAAAAUCCAUGGAAAACCUUUGGAUUCCCACAACUACGGCGCCUGCGCUGGCACAACAAAUGUUUAACUGGUGACAAAAAGACUGGACAUUGGCUAAACAACACUAAACAACGCUAAACAUGUUGACCAGAAUCAAACUUUGCUCAACAACACGACUAAACAACACUAAAAAGGGUGGCAAAACGAAUAAACUUUCCACGAAACAAAAGUUGAGUGAAAUGCUUAGUGAAAUGUUUAGUCGUUUCGCCAGGGCCUAAAGCCAGUAACCCUGUUUCUGUGAAGUGAGAGCUGAAAAAGCACCUUGCCUAAAUAGGUGGUCUGAUUGAUAUAUGCUUUUUCUGAUACCCAAAAAGCGAUUUUAAAACAAAAGAUAUUUUACCAAUGUUUCUCCCUUUUUUUCUGUGAGGCACAUUUAGGCUUGCUAAAUGGAAAGUUGUGUGAAACCACGCGGGGCAAUUCAUUUUUGCAAAUAGCGUACGAGAUUAUAAAGAAAAUAUAGGUACUUAAAAUGAUUUUCUGAUAAAACAACAAGAGUUUCACUGAAGUGACUUGCCUCUAGAGAAAUAAUUUUUUCCCUGCGCUUGUUAAAAUAGUUAAACCACUCCCUUGAUGUACUAUUGUAUAACCGUCGAUCUAAAAAACAGGUACCACAAAAGGGACCUUAAUUUUAGGGUACUGUAUCAAUUUGGCUUUAAAAAUAUUAUCUAGAGUGGAAAAUAAACAUUACUAAAAAAGGUUGGAAGAGUGUUUGCUCAUUUUGGUGUAAAUCUUCGUCACGUAAGUUUGUGAACUGGGAAGUCAAUGAAAACUUAUAUCAUUCAAGAACCUCUCUUAUGUACCAAAUAAUUAAACAAUAAUCUUUAGAAAAACAGUUAGAAAAUAGAGGGAUAAAAUUUGUAUCUCUGUUUAACUAUCCAGGGAAGAAUGAAGAUUUGAAUGAUUGUUUUAUUUGUAAUUGGAAGGUUUUUGAAUAAAUAAAGUAAUUUGAAUCAAAAUAAUUAUAAGAGGUUUAAAAUGAAUUUUUAAGCUGAGAGUGAUCAACAGUUUACAAAUACUCUUGUCGUCAUGUUACAGUUGGCGUUUGAUGUUAGCGAAUUCAGACCUGACCUACUUUAUGGACAAUUUUCUGUAAUUUGAGAGCAUUUCUAUUUCAAAACCAGGGAUGUGUCGAUGGCGGGUGUUUUGGGGGGCGUCACGCCCCCGCCCCACCCCAAUGUCUGCAAACUUUAAGAUAGUUGAUUAUGCAGCGGAACCUUAGCAUUGAUUAGAAAGUUUGACCAAAUUUCAACCUGUAAUUCAUUUAUUUUGUUAGUCGUGGGAUGUCGUGGUCAAUUUUUUUUUGUAAUACACUCUUUUUUUAAGAGCAAUUUUUUUCAAGAACACGAGUCUCAAAGUUGGUCGAAAGUUAAGAACAAAUUAAGAACGAGCUGAGGCUAAGCUACUGUAAAAUGCAAUUUUGAACAACGUUUUAUCUAAAAAAUGAGGAUAUUUAGCCAUGUGUGGGUGUUUUUUCUGUGAUUAUUCAAACUUGUCGGCAAAUAAAGGUUGUCUCACUCAUUAUGUUGGAAAAUGAGGCCUGAACACCUCACAGAGCGAAAAGGCUAGCUAUUGCACUGCUUACAACCUAUUAAUUUAAAACAAAUUAAGAACAAUCCAGCCUCAGAAUUUCGAAAAAAAGGUAAGCCAUAACUUAAAUUUACUGGUUCGUAAAAAAAGAGUGCAUUGCAAAUAAUAACUGCCUGCAAAAACGACUGCAAAAAAUGACUGCGAGAAACUUUUUGAGAAGCAUUUUAAGCUAAUCUGAAAGGUGUGGUCGAAAAAAAUUUCUGCUCGUUCCGCUCGCGGGGGCCUCAUCUUACCAUUUUGCUCCAGAGCCUCUGAAACCCCUUGAACUGUAGUUCAUUUUUUCAGAUAAACCAACAUUAGAUUUUUGCAAAAUAAUGCUCAUGGAUUCACCUAAAAACGCGAACUCCGGGAAAAUUAGUUUCCGCAAACUUAAUUUCCUUAUACUUUCAUGCCAUCAUUUGCUCUUACUUUGUUAUUAUUGAAUGUAUAUAUGAUAAUCUCUUUCAUUGUUAAAAUAUGGAGAAAAAGUCGGUCAAAAAAGUAAAGUUGGCCACUUUUUUCUUAACGCCCCCCCCCCCCAAGCAAAAUUGUCUAGGCACAUCACUGGUCAAAACUAACUUUUUUUCUAAUUCUUAGAACAGAACAGGAGGGAUCGUUUCAAGCCCUUUGGUUUUCCAGAAGCUUGUCUAUAAAAUCAGGUUAAUCUGUAGUUGAGAAAGAUAUACAGGAACAAAGCAAUACGACGACGAGAAUCCAAUGUCACGAAAUAAAAUUUUCAAAAUGAAUUAAAUCUAAAGUAUAUUCUUUAAAUCUAAUUAAUUUUGAAAAUUUUAUUUUGUGACAUUGGAUUCUCGUCGUCGUAUUGCUUUGUUCCUUAAUAUCUUUCGUAACGUCACCCAUUGCAAGAUUCACAGAAUCCGGCGGACAGCCUAUCCUGCGGUUCUUCCUUCUCACACAUUAUAAUCUGUAGUUGCCAGGCGAAAUAUUAUGUUGGUCAAUUAAAUUGCUUUGCAGUAAAAAGAAAAUAAUCUACAUUUAUUUGUCUUCGCCAGGUAAUUCGAUUUUGCGUAACCCUGCAAGUCAGAAAGGUCAGGUAACGCCCCUGCUAGGCAAACUCUCUUCUAGCAGCAACCUGUCUGCCGAUACUGUUUCUUCACGCAGAUAACAUUUGUAAAAUUAAAAUCUCGACUACUUGAGCACCUCUCUGAGCACUUAUCCCAUCUUUACUUGUCGGUUUAAGAAAAACCGUUUGAUAUUCAUUGUUCGAGCAUAAUUGCUCCCAUCUGCAUAAAAAAUGCAAUCGAAAAGCACAUUGUGGUAUGGGAACCUCCGAGGGUAAGUAACAUAUGUCCCCUCAUCUCCUCACCCAGUUGCUUCAGUUACAGUCAAUAGGCAAUGCGAGAUCUGGUCUAUUAUUUAUCAAGUAAUAGGGAAUUGUUUGUGAGUUUUUCAGAUAAUUCUGGGAGCUUUCUAAUAGUGGCUUUUAAGGACCAUCUACUCACAUCAAUGGGGAAACAUGUUUGGUUCUAUCCGUGAAUUAAAAAAACGAAAACAAAGUCAUCUGAAGAUCAAGAACGACACAUUUGAUGUUGGAAAUCAUCUAAAACUUAAUAUGCUUGGUGUUUGUUUAGAGCUAACAGAAAUCAAAUUCAAGGAUAAAGUAUAAGAAAUAAUUUACUGUACCAUUGCAUAAAACUAUGAUGGCGAAAUGCAGCUUGCUGUCACUCUUCGAUCACAGGGAUGAAAGUUUCAUAACGAAAAGAUUUACAUCAAGUGUCUGUACCUUCUUUUGACCAACAGGCUACCGCUUCUUGAAAAACUGUUUACUUGCUGCUGUAAGAUACUUAAUAGGACCGCUUUGGUAUUGUUGUAAAAUUCUGAUUACUUUUGCAGCUGAAGGAAGUGAAAAAGCUUAUUCAAUAUAGCGUGUUAUCAGCCACUGAAGGAUUUUUGUUUUGUAAUGAUAAGAAAAAGAAAGUGGCGUUGUACCCACGAAAUCUACUUUUCUUUCUACGACAUCUAAUGGUCAAAGAAGGUCAGUUUCCUAUUUUCCGUCUGAAAGCAUAAUUAUAGCUACAAGCUUUUCAGUGACAUUGAAGGUUUUUGUCGACUCUCCACAGUUGCUUAUGCACAGUUUCAAUAAAAGACCUCGGUUUAGAAUAUGUCUGGCCUCGGUUUAGUGUAUGUUUCACAACUUAGUGUAUGGAAAUUUAGCUCACCGAUACAUAAAAGCGUAAAUACAACAAAUUUAUAUUUUGCUGGUGAUUCUCUUGUUUAUUAAGUGGACAUUGCAAAUUUGAUUAUGAAUUUCGAACGUUUUAAUAUAUAAUUGAAUACAUUAUAUAUUUCAUAUAUAUAUAUAUAAAAGACAAUUUGAUAUAAAGUUUAUACAAUAUAUCAAUAUAUUGUAUGAAUAGAACAAUUUGGAUGUAAUAUUUGAACAAACAAAGGUAUCCUGUCGCUGUGUACGAAGAAUGCCGGUACUCUUUUGGUGCUUUGUAGGUAGCUUCAUAGUAUCCGCUACGCAAAGAUUUGAAUUUUAUAGUAUCAUUAAAAAUCAUGAACAACAGCAAAUGAAAACGUCACCGCGUACUUUUUUACAAGAAAUAUUGCUCGUGUGGCAAGGUUCUUUUAAUUUAGGACGCAAUUUAUCUAGAAGGUUCUUAGAUUGUUUUAUCGAAAGUAAGAAUUUCUGAAUAACAUACAAAAACCUCCCAGAUGAUUUAGAGCUUUCAGGGCCAGAAAUAUACUACAAAAAGUUAUGUUCAUGACUAUCUUUAUCACCUUGACCUGACAGUGUCCAGAAAUGCCGUCAACCUCCCUCCGGCCAAGAAAAUCGUGCUAUAAAACUUCCCUUGUCUUUAAUGGGUCUAAAAUGGACGUGGUCAGGAAAUCGGGGUACUCAACUAGUCUUGAUCCUCUUUCCUGGCACCUGUUUUUCCAAACCUUUUUUGAAAAUGUGUAGCUUGUUUUCAGUUAGAGAUACUUUUGAGACAGAUGUAAAGUUACAUGCUUUAUUGAUUAAUUACAAAAGCGUGUCAUAAUUUAAAUACAUGACUUAAAAAAAAUUAACUCCUAAAUUUUACAGUGCAACGCAGAUCUGCGAACACAUUCAGCUUUUGAAUAAUAUUUGUUUUUUUGUCUGAUUGUAAUUUGUAAACCAAAAGGAUUUCUUCAAUUUUC